GCAGGAGGCAGACGCAGGAGCUUGUCAUGACAAAGACACAUCACACACUGGACAACCAGCCCCUAGACAGAGAUGACCAGCUUCCUAUCAGACCUGGUACAGUACCAAGGGCUCUUUCAGAUGCUCAUCAUCCUCGGGAUCGGUGGGACAUUCCAAAUUGGCUUUCAAAUUUCUACAAUCACCUACAUGUCUCAGCAUGUUAAGGCUUUCAUUAAUGAAACCUGGCUGGAGCGAUAUGGCUACCCCAUCCAUGAGGAUAACCUCUUGUUCCUGUGGUCUAUCACCGUGUCCAUCUAUGGUAUAGGAGGUCUCUUGGGUUCUUCAGGAACUAGAUACCUGAUGGUCAAGUAUGGCAAAAAGAAAUGUCUCCUGUGCACCAAUGUGCUCAUGAUAACAGCAGCAUCUAUCAUGGGCUGCAGUAAAAUAGCCCAGUCCUUUGAGAUGAUCCUGAUUGGACGCUUCCUGUGUGGAGUAAGCGUCGGUCUUUGUAUUCCUCUACAUCAUCAGUACGUUGGAGAAAUUUCCCCUAAGAAGCUACGUGGAUUUGUAAACUCUACUUCCUCUUUCUUUUGGUCUCUGGGAAAAGCUAUAGGGCAGAUUUCAGGACAAAGGGAGCUACUAGGCAGCCAGUACCUGUGGCCCAUGCUGCUGGCCUCCUGCGGAUUUCCAGCACUGGUCCAGUUGGUCACUCUGCCCUUCUUCCCUGAGUCCCCAGCAUACCUCCUCAUGCAUAAAGGAGACCAGGAAGGCUGCAAAAAAGCCAUAAGGCAGCUUUGGGGUGAAGGCCAUCAUCAAGCAGAGAUUGAUGACUUCAUGAAAGAGAAGGCAACAAUGAAAAACACCAAGAUCUUGAGUGUCCUGGAGCUAAUGAAAGAACCAGCUUUCCGUUGGCAGCUGUACAUGAUAGCUGUUCUGACCGCCACAGUUCAGCUAUGUGGCAUCAAUGCAAUUUAUUUUUAUACUUUUGAAGUCCUCCAGGCAGCUGGCUUUGAUGAAAGAAUGAUCUCCUAUAUGACCCUCUCUGUUGGACUCUCUGAAGUCGUAGCUACUGCAGUCUGUAGCUCCAUCAUUGAGCGACUGGGCAGGAAAGCGCUUCUAAGUGGAGGUUAUUUUAUCAUGGGCUCACUGCUAGCUGCUAUCACCGUGACUCUCUCACUACAGGACUGGUAUUUCUGGAUGCCAUACUGCAGCCUUUGUCUGAUUAUCUUGUUUGCAGUUGUCUUUGGAGUUGGGCCAGCUGGUGCCACAGUUUCCGUUAGGGUUGAAAUUGUCAAGUUCUCAUGCAGACCAUCUGCCUUUGUGAUCGGCGCCAUUCUCAACUGGUUGGGCGUCUUUGUGAUCGGAACAACCUUUCCCUUCAUUGUGGAAAAACUCAAGCACUUCUGCUUCCUCAUCUUUAUGGUAGUAAUCUUCACUUCAGGGAUAAUUAUCCACCUGUUCCUUCCAGAAACAAAAGGGAAAUCAAUCGUGGAAAUCACAGAAGAAUUUAGUAAGCUAAACUUUAGAAAGAAGUGUAUUCCAACAACUCCAACAACUCCAAACCAUGUCACAGAGGACUACACCUUCUGCACCAGGCUCUGACCAGCCAUUAGGGGCAGUCAGGCUUUCUGAUAAGGAAGGAAAAAAAAAGACAAUUGUUUUCUGGCUAGAAGUUUGUCCAAGUGAACCGUCACCUUUUGCAUCUAUCACUUAUAAGGUUCCCAUUUUGCCCAACCAGCACCUUUCUCAAGCACUCCACGCCGGGCAGCUUAGAAAAGGGAUGAUGGCUGACAUUAACAGGAUAGACUCACAUGAAUUACAAGCAUUUUGGCUUGACAUGCUGAUGUGUAAAUCUCUUGUGAAGACAGCAACUCAUACACACAGAAAGUACAUGUAGAAUUGAUAAACACUCUGUUGACCACAGAGAAAAUGAAUACCUGUGAUCCCCAGUCUCUCCCUCUGAUGUCUCAGUGUUUUUACAGCCCUGAAAUCAGAAUAGUGAUGUUCCUGGCUUGCCAUCUCUGGCUAAGGUACAGAUUCAAGAGAAAGCUCAGUGGAGUAGGAGAGAAAUUCCUUGUUUCUCUACACUCAACUGAAUAAUCAAAUUGUGCCAGGUUUCCAUGCAUAAUGCCAUGUUGUCUCUGUUUUGUACAUAGCCUGACAGACUUCAACCCUCUGGAUUGAAGUUUUUCAUGUCAGCAGCCACCCCUUCUUCAACUUAAAUUUUGGUUUUUUGCUUAAAACAAAAAAAUCAGCCAUUUGAUUAUAAGCCCAGACUUGUUCAUGAAAAAGUAUGGGGGAAAAAUUCCUUUACAACUCUUCACAAGGAACAGUGUCUUUCAGUGUCAAUACAGCUAAAGGACUUAUGAGCGGAAUCCAGUCACCAUAAAACACAAGCACCUAGAGCCAUUUUAGAUACUCUGUGCUAUCUUGCCCAUCACCAUUGUCAUCUUGAACCUGUAGCUCCUCUUCCAGGAUCAGAGUUCCCACAGAUAUCUCAUGAACUACGAAUCCUAGGGCAAUUAUCUGCUACUUUGCUUUGUGUGACUUCCAGCUAGCUGAGCCCAAAUUCUGCCAGAACCGCCUCAGACUGAACCUCUUGGCUGUAACAGAAUACCUGUUGCUUUACAGUUUCUCCUAAAAACAUCUGUACAGUUGCUGUAAUGUAUGUGCAGCAGACUGUCAGCAAAAGCUCAGUCAUGUCCUCCAGCUCUUGGAUCCGUGCAGGGCUCCUGCCAAAGGUGUAUUUCUCUACCAUGACUAAGAAGUGAUUACACAUACUCAUAGUUCAGGGAUGUGAAAUCAGGACAGACUCUUCAGUUAUUCUCACUGCAAGUGUAGGUGCUGACUGACGGCUACAGAGAUGACUCUAAAUAUUUUAUGCCUUGAACAUUUUGUUGUACUCAUAUGGCUUUACAAGAUUUACAGUAAAAGUGGAAAAUGUUGUUCUAACGUAUGAACUUCUAAGGCGUUCACUUAAGCUUAUUUCCAAUAAUUUAUGGUUUGAUUUACAGUUUCUCAUAGGAGUUUUGCCGAUUUUUAGAAGCAUGUAGUGUGCACAAAGAUAAGGAAACAAAGUGAGAGACUAUAUUACAACACAUCAUAUGCAAGUUUUCUAACUUAACAGUUUAGUGUGAUAUACCAUUCCCAAUGAUCUCUGUUGUAGGAAUGGCUGCAAUAUAAUUUUCUACACUGAUCUAUAAUCAACAUCCAUGCUUGAGUUCACAUACUGCAGGCUUUCAAACUGUGAAUAAUCUGCAAAGCAAUGUGCUAGUGAGCUCCUAAUUCUUCUUCCUGCUAUACAUAGUUCAAGACAAAAGAGUUUGUAAGCCUUACAGGAUAGAGUGACCUUUUAAAGUACCACAGGGAUUCAUUUCACCAGAUUUUUAUUUUUUUUUUAAUAUUUAAACUCAUGGGACUUUUCUUUUCUUUAUAAAGUGUCUAAUAUUGCAUGCAUUUCCCUCACACAGUCCUAGUAGCAAAGCUAUACUCUUCAGAAGAACACGAACAAAACUAAGGCUCAUAGUGGAGCACACUACAAUUUAAAAUCUCUGCUAUUGCUUUGACCGACAUAUUUACUUCAACUGCAAUAAAGCAAUUCAAAAUAUUAAUUCAAUUGUUCAUCUUAACUGUUGGUUAUUUUGAACUGGAAAUGUUAAACAUAAUAAAGAUGGCACAUAUUGCCUUGUGAUAAAA